ACAGCCUCGGGGCUACUGCCAGGUCCGCAAUUCUUCUCGCACCAGUCCCCAAGGAAACGAGCGGCUUAGUUGAAAGUACCAACCUGCGGCUUCCCAGAUGCUGCCCCGCUGGUGAGUUUUUUCCAGGCACUCCCGUUAAAUAAAGCUCCGGCAUAGCCCUCAAGGCACCCACGACAAAGCGUUCCUAAUUAUGGUUCGUCCUCUAGUGAACAUCGUUGAGAGAAAGAAGAUUGGUGGUCCCUUGUCAAAGGUUCUCGAGAGAGCUCCCACACGGCGCUUCAUGGACAUCAGUAGAUAAAUAACGACCUAUGCAUCGCCACCCCAAUCCUGCCCUCGGCGAACACAAAGAUAGCAUCCACAGCGAUAACCGGGAGUUGGCGAGCUUUCUCUAUAAGCCUACUAAAUGGGACUAUCAAAUCACCGA